GCGGCGCGGGCGAGGGGAGCGGAGCGGAGCGCGGCGGGGCCCGCACGGCGGCGCUGAGGGGCGCAGAGCCGCGCAGAGCCGAGACGGACGGCCAGAGCAGAGUGCGAGCCGGGGGACCGGGGGCGCCGAGUGAAGUGGCGCGGAGCCCAGGGCAGCUGAGGGGCCCGACACUAUGAGGAGUGCGGCACCGUCGCCGCAGCCGCCACCGCCCCAGUGCCCCGCACCGCCCCCCGCCGGGACGCCGGGCUGCGCCUAGCGGGCCGGGCGGCGGCGCCCCGGCUGCCAGCAGGGGAGCGCGGGAGGGGCGCGGGGACGGCCCCGAGAGCGCCCCGCCACUCCGGCCUGAGCGGGGCCCCGGGCCGGCUGGCCUGUCUAGCCAUGCUGCCCCCGAGGUAGAGCCUGGACGGCGCUAAGGAGCGCGGUGCGGUGCGCAGCCCGCCCUCCCGAGACCGCUGUCCGCCUCGCGCCUGCCUACUCCCUCCAGCCCGGACCCCCCUGAAAUAUGUUCAGGGGCGCUUGGAUGUGGCCCGGGAAAGACGCCGCCGCGCUGACUAUCUGCUGCUGCUGCUGCUGCUGGGCUCCCAGGCAGAGCGACAAACCUUGCGCCGAUUCGGAGCGGGCGCAGCGAUGGCGACUGUCCCUGGCGUCCCUGCUCUUCUUCACCGUGCUGCUCGCUGACCAUCUGUGGCUGUGCGCGGGGGCCCGGCCCCGGGCCAGGGAGCUGAGCAGCGCCAUGCGGCCGCCCUGGGGGGCCGGCCGCGAGCGGCAGCCGGUGCCUCCUCGCGCGGUGCAGCCGCUGCCGCCGCCGUCGCCCGGCGAGCCCAGCGCGUCCUCGGGCACCUGCAGCCCGCGAUACAGCAACCUGACCAAAGCCGCCCCUGCAGCCGGCUCCGGACCGGUCUGCGAAGGCGUCCCAGAGCCCACCGGGCUGGACGCAGCUUGCACCAAAUUGGAAUCUUUGCAGAGACUUUUCGAACCGACCACCCCGGCUCCCCCUCUGCGGCCCCCUGACUCCCCUUCCCGUGCCCCGGAGUUCCCCUCUGAAAAAAAAAACUUGCUCAAAGGCCACUUUCGGAACUUCACUCUCUCCUUUUGUGACACCUACACAGUCUGGGACUUGCUGCUUGGCAUGGACCGCCCCGACAGCCUGGACUGCAGUCUGGACACCCUGCUGGGGGAUCUACUGGCCGUAGUGGCCAGCCCGGGCUCCGGGACCUGGGAGGCAUGUAGCAACUGCAUAGAGGCGUACCAGCGACUGGAUCGACAUGCUCAGGAAAAAUAUGAUGAGUUCGACCUCGUGCUGCAUAAAUACUUGCAGGCAGAAGAGUACUCUAUCCGGUCCUGCACGAAAGGCUGCAAGGCUGUCUACAAGGCCUGGCUGUGCUCAGAAUAUUUCAGUGUGACCCAGCACGAAUGCCAGCACUGGGUGCCCUGCAAGCAAUACUGCCUGGAGGUGCAGACCCGGUGCCCCUUCAUGCUUCCUGACAAUGAAGAAAUGGUGUAUGGAGGCCUCCCUGGUUUUAUCUGCACAGGGUUGAUGGAUACUUCACCAAAGCGGCCAGAAACCAAGUGCUGUGACGUGCAGUGGGUCUCCUGUGAGUCGGAGAAGAAGAAGUUCAAGGACUCUGAGCUCCCUAAAACCCACCACCAGCAAUUCCACCACUCCUAUUUUCACCACUACCACCAACAGUACCACCACUACCAUCCCCGCCAUGAACCCCCAAGCCGCGUCAGCAACAAGCCCUCCCUGCUGCCGGUUUCUGGGGGCUCCCGCCUCAGUCCCAGCAGGAUCCGGCUCUGUGUCCUUGUUCUUAUACUCCUCCAUACCGUAGUGUCCUUCUCCAGCAGCCAGGGUGGUGGGGGACUGGGGCUGGAGACACUGCCUGCCCUAGAGGAGGGGCUGACACAGGAAGAGUGACCCCAGGGAGGGAGGACAAACCUCCACCACACACCGACAUCAGCUCCA